GUCACUUUUACAAACUCAGAAAACUGGAAUUGCGCCAAACCACCGCCAACACCCAACCGCUUUACAGCAACACCACAGCAACCUCUAUCCCCUGACGGAAAGAGCAGGCGAACAGCGGAAUACAGAAGCCAAAAUGGGUAAAGCGAAGAAAACAAGGCAGUUCGGAGAGGUUAAGCGCAUGUUGAGCUUGAAGGAUGAGCGAUUAAAACACAACAAGGAGAAGAAGGAGAAGAAGGAGGAGGAGAAGGAGAAGGAGCUUGUGCGCCAUAUCCCACAAGUCGCCUCCUCCCUCUUCUUCAAAUAUAACGAGGCCCUUGGCCCCCCUUACCACGUCCUCGUCGACACCAACUUCAUCAACUUCUCGAUCCAAAACAAGCUCGAACUCAUCAAAGCCAUGAUGGACUGCCUAUACGCCAAGUGCGUGCCCUGCAUCACCGACUGCGUCAUGGCCGAGCUCGAGAAACUCGGCGUCAAAUACCGCAUUGCACUUAAAAUCGCCCGUGACCCCCGGUUUGAAAGGCUGCCGUGCACGCAUAAAGGCGUUUACGCCGAUGAUUGUAUUGUCAACCGCGUGAUGCAGCAUAAGUGCUAUAUUGUCGCGACGUGUGAUAAGGAGCUGAAAAGACGGAUACGCAAGAUUCCUGGGGUGCCGAUUAUGUAUAUUGCGAGUAGGAAGUAUGCGAUUGAGAGGUUGCCGGAUACACCCGUAUAGUUGUGAGAUGGCAGACGGCCAUAGAGUUGUGGGCUUCCGUCUCGCGUUAGCGAUAGGUCAUAGAUCUGCAGUUCCCCCUACGGCGGUCUCCAAUCCAAUCCAUUCUAUUUUCUUUUUUGGGAUAUCCUGUAUUUAUCGAAAUCUUCCAGAACCACCCAUCACAUUUUACAUCAUAAAUCUAUAUAACGCGUUAAUUAUCACUGGCGUACACUUUGUGCACAAGCAACUUCAUGCCUGCGUCCGCGAUCAGUGUGAGUUUGUUUGUCCUCGAACUUCGAACGGGGGGACACCACGUACCGCUCGGACGUAGUUUCUAUCG